AUUUAAUAAAAGAAAUAAAAGUUUAUGGAAUAAAUUGACAUUAUCAAUCUCGAAAAAAAAAACUUUUUUUUUUAAAAAAAAAAGCUUUUAGUUAGUUGUUUAUAUUGCAACUCCGUUUGCAAUAUUAUUCAAUCUGGCUUUAUACUAUCAAUAUUUGUUUAUCUUCGGAAUAUUAGCCCUUUAUACUUAUAUAUUAUCUAUAAUAUUAUGUUUGGGAACAACAGAUUUCCUCUAUAUCUACCUAUUACCAUACUGCUUUGCUCUUGCAUCAAUAUGGUAGUAGCAGAACAUAUUUCAGAAUCUAAAAAUAAGGAGUAUUUCGAUGAUAAUCGAUUGUUGACCAGCGGAUAUGAAGACAUGGGAAUCCAAGCUAGGAACAUGUUGCAUAGUGGAGAUACGUCAGCUUACUUCAAACUUUUGAAUUAUUCUUUCGGCGCUUCACUUGUUUCAUGUGCUGCAGUUCAGUUUGGUAGCUACUGUUAUGGGGCUAAUCAUGCAGACCAAGUCAACGAUUUGGCUUAUAAGGCUGUAUACGAUGUGGAUGCAUCUAAAGAAGGGUACUAUCAAUUCCAGCUUUAUAACGGUGAGGCCACGGAUGACUGUGGAUUAUUAACCAUGCAACCGACUGGUUACUUGGAUAACUCGGUGGAUAGAGAACUUUCAAAUCUAUGUGGGCCAGUAGCUUAAUACCUAGUAGUAAAAGAUGCUUAAAGGCAAUUUGGUGGAGUUCCUAAACAUUGAAAUUGCUAAAAUAAAAUAUAAAACAAAAUAUAUCAAAGCAUUAGAAACUUAAAAUAAAUAUUAAAAUGUCUCUGUACUUCC